AGUACCGUCCAUAAAAUUUUGAUAACACGGAAAAAGGUUAUAACCUCUGAUAACAAUAACAACAAUUAUGGCAGAUACAGCAGGAAAGGUUAUUAAAUGCAAGGCAGCAGUAGCAUGGAAGGAAAAGGAAAAGUUAUCAAUAGAAGAGAUUGAAGUAGCUCCUCCUAAAGCUCAUGAAGUACGUGUUAAAAUACUAUACACUGCAUUGUGUCAUACGGAUUCUUAUACUUUAGAAGGAUUAGAUUCAGAAGGUAUAUUUCCAUGUAUCCUUGGACACGAAGGCAGCGGUAUAGUUGAAAGUGUUGGAGAAGGUGUAACCGAGUUCAAACAAGGCGAUCAUGUUAUUCCUCUUUACAUACCGCAAUGCGGAGAAUGUAAGUUUUGUAAAUCACCAAAAACGAAUUUGUGCAGUAAAAUUCGUGCAACUCAAGGAAAAGGAUUAAUGCCUGAUGGCACAUCUCGUUUUACUUGCAAGGGACAAUCUAUUGCUCAUUUUAUGGGUUGUUCUACGUUCUCUGAAUAUACUGUCGUAGCUGAUAUUUCCUUGGCAAAGAUCAACAGUACUGCGCCAUUGGACAAAGUCUGUUUAUUAGGAUGCGGUAUCUCUACUGGAUAUGGUGCCGUACUUAACACUGCUAAAGUAGAGCCUGGAAGUACGUGUGCCAUUUGGGGUCUUGGCGCAGUGGGAUUAGCAGCUGCAUUUGGCUGUAAAACUGUUGGAGCUUCACGUGUUAUUGGAAUAGAUAUUAAUCCUGACAAAUUUGAGCUAGCUAAAACAUUUGGAUGUACUGAACUGAUUAAUCCUAAGGAUUAUACUACUAAACCCAUUCAAGAAGUUUUGGUAGAGCUUACAGACGGUGGACUUGAUUACACAUUUGUUUGCAUUGGAAAUGUGCAGAGUAUGCGUGUUGCUUUAGAAUCUUGUCAUAAAGGAUGGGGUAUGUCUGUGAUUGUUGGUAUAGCUGCUGCCGGUGAAGAAAUCAGUACCAGACCAUUCCAGUUAGUAACUGGACGCUCAUGGACAGGUACUGCCUUUGGUGGUUGGAAAUCCAAAGAUAGUGUUCCUAAGCUAGUGAACGAGUACAUGUCUAAGAAAUUACUCCUCGAUGAAUUUAUUACUCAUAAUUUACCAUUUGAGCAAAUUAACGAAGCUUUCUGUCUUUUGCAUGCUGGAACAUGCUUGAGAGCGGUUCUCAAAUACUAAAGGUAUAUAUAUAUAUAAUCACAUUAUUUUUGGUGGUAUCUAUAUAUAUAGGAUAUAUAAACAAUAAUUAUUAAAAAUUAUUUCUACAUCCAGGUUGGUAAGAAUUUUAUAAAUAUAUACUUAAUAUAUUUUAUUGAUAUUU